UUUUCUCUCGGUGUUAAGGUCAAUUGUUUGUUGACUUUUUGUUUACAAUUUCAAUUUUGCUUAUUUUUAAUUAAGUUUCGGUGUUUUUGUUGAUUAUUUUUGGAUUUCCAAUCAACAUGGGAAACGAACUUUCACGGGACGCUUUCGAUUGGACUGUACCUCAUUUGCGAGGUUAUCCUGAUCCAAGAAAUGAGAGUAAAUAUGAUCCUUUAUAUGGUUUUCCCAAAGGAAGAAAAGAACGAGUCAGUAUAGCAACUGAGGCCGAAAUGGAAUCAGCUCAAUUAAUCGACUCUCAUAGAGAUUAUUGUGCCCAUCAUGCUAUCAAAUGGCAAGCCUGCAUGAGAGAUAAUUAUCCAUUCACUGGUAAAUGUGCACAUUACAAGGAAAAUUGGCACGAAUGUCAACACAAUGAUCAAGUCUUAAGGAUGAAGGAAUAUGAAAGAGAGAAACGUUUGGAUGCCAGACAAGCCAGAAUUAGGAAAGCACAAGCUGAGGCCGCUGCUUAGAAGUUUAAAUAUAUGAUAAUUUACCUGAAUUAGUUUGUAAAAUAAUUGUCCAACAAGUUAUAUGUUGAUACAACUUGGUGAAAAUAUUAAUAACGAUAAUAUAACCUUAA